AUGCAUCGGAUCACACCCCCUCCCCCCCGAGUUUACCACGAAAAGGCGAAACCAACAAGCCCCCCCUCUCUGCUGACUCCGCCGCCUGCAGCCCUCCCGCCUCCUCCCAGCGCUGCCAACUCCCCAGCGCUGAUUCCCUACCCGGCUCGCCCGCCGCCUCUUGGGAGCCGUAGUCCCAGCUCCCGCUCGGCGACCGCGGGCGGGUCGGCCGAGCACUACAACUCCCAGGGAGCAACGCGAGGCCCGGGAUUAUCGGCUCCCCCGCCCCCUUUACCCCACCCCAGCUCUUUUAUUUUAUGUUUGUGUGUUUCUCCCCCUGCGGCGGCGGACAGCGAAGGGGAAGAGUACCCGUGCUGUGACAUGCCUCUAAAGACGCCAGCUACAGGUGCAGGUGAAAUAUCAACUCCUGGAGAACAAGAGAAGUCCCAGCAGACAGAGGGAGGACUAAAGUUGUCCCCAUCUUCAAAAAGGGGCAAAAAAGAGGACCCAAACGAUUACCGCCCAGUCCGCCUGACAUCAAUACCAGGAAAGAUUCUAGAGUAG